AUGGCCGAUGGUACGGGAGCAGAUCGAACUUUACUAGAGAGGCUAAACGCACUCAAGCCAACUACUGUUAAUCUGGAUCCAUCAUCAAAACCAAUAGCCGCAUCUACUAUAGAAUCGGCCAAGCCUCCAUCAAGAGAAGAUGCUUUGACAGAAAGGCUCAAGAAUCUUCGGAGCCAGGCCGAUAGUAAAGCCCAACUGAGUUCUGGCGCAAAGCCAAACCGUGGCAAUGAUGGCCCGGGCCUUCCAUCAAUUCCAAAUCAAAUAUCACAGCCACAGCUCGGUCCCCAAAUUCCGGGCUUGAGCAUAGGGUCUACAAAAGUCUCCCCCACAGAAGCAAUUAGUGAUGAUGCGGAUCCAUUUCUCGACACAGAUGAUCAGACACUUGAAGAACUUCUUGCAGACCUCGAGUCUGAUCAGCAGUGGCUUGAUGAAGUAGCAGCCGAAGAAGAGCAGCAACAGCAUCUUAAGGUCACUGCACUUCUCAAGGAGCUUGGUGAUGCUUCCGCAACGGAACAGGAACUAGGUAAAUCUAGGACUAAAACAGCCAGUGAUGACGAAGACAACGAUGGCGGAGACGAAGGCAGUAGCGGCGAUAACGAUGAGGAUGAUGAUGAUUCAGAAAAUGAGCAAAUAACUCGUGAAACCGAUGAUACUCUCGCUCAAGUACUUGACCAGGUAGAAUGGGAAAAGUCCAAUGAGCCUCCUUCCCACCCAGAAACUAAAUCAGCCACGCCAAGAAAUGAUACAAAGCCAACAGCGGAGGAUAAUAACGAAUCAGCGGCAGCGCAGAGAUCCAACGAGGACGACCCCCUGAACUUACCCGCAGUACCCUCUGAUAUACAGGACCAACCCAACGCGCCCGACUUCCAGGACGAUGACGCCGACUUCGCUGCAUCCAUCACCUCACGCAUGGCCGCGCUGAAGGUGGACACAGCCUCCGGCCCAAAUCUGCCCUCAGUACCAACCUCAGACCUGGACGAGCUCGGUCUGCCAGCCGUGCCUACCUUUGCGCCCUCUGACCGCCCCGCCCCAGGCCUCAUCAAGCGCGUGGGCUACACCGACGAGGAUCAGAAGACUUGGUGCAUCGUAUGUUUGGAAGAUGGCGCGAUAAAGUGUCUCGACUGCGACGGUGAUAUCUACUGCGCGAGGUGCUGGAAGGAGAUGCAUGUUGGCCCUACGGCUGGCUACGAUGAGCGAGGACACCGGUGGGAGAAGUUUGUGAGGCCGCGUUGA